ACCUCAAUUGUUUGUUUUGCUGGUCGAGGCAGUACCUUUUGACGGGAGUGCUUCAAAUAAACUAAACAAAGUAAAGUUAUUUAACGGGCGUAUGUUUUGAAACGUUUAAGGUUUCUUGUUUUUUCUAUCAUUUGAUGAUGUGGAUGGCUUAUUAGCGGAAAAAGAAUAUAUGCCUGCUUGUGUAUUUACCUUUAUCAAUGGGGAGGCAUUAAUCGUGUUAGCUAGCUAGCUAGCUGUCGUUAACGUUUCGCAGAUAGGCUACCAUAAUUGACUAGUGUUAGCGAGCGAGCGAGCUAGCUAGCUAGCUAGCGAUGUGUGCAUGAUAUUGUAAAACGGCAGGUCUAACCUGCUUGGCUCUACGUUUGUUCCGUCGUCGCUUAUAUUAGAUAUGGGUUAGCUAGCUAUUUAGCAAGUCAGUGUGACCGUGUAGCCAAUCCCCCUGGCUAGCUGUCUGUUUUUGCAGACAAGCCAGAUAGCUAUCCUGAUAAUCAGCUAGAUUUCCAUUACUAGACAGAUGAAUUUGAAUUAUCUGCAGUUUUCCUGUCAAGUGUGCGUGCUUAGCAAGCAGGGCCGUCUUUUAAUUCAAUAGCCGGAUUUUAUUGCAUUGGCGCGGAUUCAUAGGCCAGGUGGCCAGAUCCCAAAGAACAGCUUCCCCAUGGUGUUACGCAGACUCUUAAGAAAACGUUGGGUUCUAGGUGUGGUUUUUGGGCUGUCACUGAUCUACUUUCUGACCAGCACACUAAAACAGGAGGAGAGGACGAUACGUGAUCGCACCCUGUUGCAAGCCAGGGAUCCCGACCACCGCAUUGCAUGGAAGGUUCGGUUCAAUCUGGGCAACAGCAGCAGGCAGAUAACGCAGUGUCGGAACUCUAUUCAGGGAAAGACGCUUCUCACGGAUGAGCUGGGUUACGUCUGUGAAAGAAAGGAUCUGCUGGUGAAUGGGUGCUGUAAUGUUAACUCUCCCAGCUCCAGGCAGUACAUGUGCAGGAGCUGCCUACUGAACGGCUGCUGUGGUAUCUAUGAGUACUGCGUUUCCUGCUGCCUCCAGCCCGAUAAGCAACUCCUCCUGGAGCGAUUCCUCAACAGAGCAGCAGAGGGCUUCCAGAACCUCUUCACUGCUGUGGAGGACCACUUUGAGCUUUGUCUGGCCAAGUGUCGCACCUCUUCCCAGAGUGUCCAACAUGAGAACACCUAUAGAAACCCACAAGCAAAGUACUGCUAUGGGGAAAACCCCCCCGAACUGCUGCCUGUUUGAAACAGCCGGCCAGACUCCGACAUGACUGACAGGGAGGAGGGGGAGGGGCCCCUGAACGAACCAAGCUAAUUGGGUGGAACUCCCAACUUCGUCUCCAAUUUCCAGGAUGGACCACGUUGUCCAAAACUGCGGUGUGCAAGAAAACCUCCGCGACCUUCCAUUGGAGAAUAACGCUGAUCUCAUACGUUUUUACACUUCAUAAGUGCAUUCAUUGACUCCUUAUUUCAUCAGUUCAGUGAUGAUUUUCACAUGUCAUUGACUCAUCAGUCACAAAUCUCUUUACACGUUGAAAAGUGAAAAUGAGUUUUUUAUCCAAUGACAUGCGACACGCCUUGCGCCCAGGCCAGGGAAAAAAAGGAUACUGUAAUCUAAUGUCUCUCACUACUCUGUGAGCGGCUCUUCAAAAGAUGUGACUUUGGCUCUGUAAACAACACAUGUAUGCUUUGAUGGAAAGCAGGUGUGUCACGUAAAUGCUGGUUUCAUGACCUGAUCACCCUCCUCCCUCCAUAAUGGUUUCAGCUUGUUUGAGUAAAAAAGUCAUGGUCGUGGCUUAACAUUAUUAGCUCUCUGGAAUCAUUCAGUAGAUGUUAAAGUUGCUUUGCAUAUGAAUAAAACACAGACUGGCCAACCAGUCCCUAUGAGCAAAUGUAUCUGUUUUUUAAAGUCUGUUUGUGUUUAUUUAAUAAAAAAUGUAAACGGAACAAUUUCAGCUUAAAAAUAGGCAUUUUGAAGUUCCACUUCCUAAACUAUCUUGUAGAAAAUGUCAGGCAACUGUAUGAUCAAUAAUAAGUUAUCUGGCAGUUUCAUUUAGGAUAUUUUGAUAAAAAUGGGUGAGUAUAUUGAAUAUACAGCACUUAGUCUGGGAUAGCUGUUGAAUGAAGUGUUAAAAACCUAUACUUGACUGCUGCAUUGUUCUGCAAUAAAAAUAUUUACACUGUACUGGUUUAAGUAAUUUUCAGUGAUUGAAACCUGUUUAGUGCAAAACACCUGCUUGAAUAUUGAUUCUCGUAGACAGAUGGAAGAUUGUAUUGUAUGUUGGCUAUAUUCCCAAAAAGGGAAGGGAACAUAUCUUGCUUGAAUUUAAUUGCACCAUAAACAUUCAUUUGCCUCUCG